AUGGCCCCAAAGGAAGCCCAUCAGUAUAUAGGGAUUAUCUUAUUACUUCAGCAUUUUGGGUGGACCUGGGUUGGGCUCUUUGUCACAGAUGGUGAUCAUGGGGAACAUUGUUUGAAAAUCUUGGAAUCCUUGCUUGAUCAGAAUGCAAUAUGCUCAGCUUUCACACAAAGAAUUCCACAACAGUCUCGAAUGGAAGGCAUGGAUCAAAUUUAUAGUAUAAUUGCAAGCAUUUAUGUACCAUUUCAAGAUAUUAAAGCCAAUGCAUUUAUCCUCUGUGGGGAACCUUUGACAAUUACAUGGCUGAAAACAUACCUUUUUCUACGAGACCCUGAAAAUAAGGAAAAUGCAUCUUUUAGGAAAGUGUGGAUUAUGACCACUCAGAUUGAUUUCAUAUCAACAGGCCACCAAAGAGCCUGGGAUUUUAGAUUGUUCCAAGGUGCCAUUUCCUUCACAAUUCACUCAGAAAAAAUUGUUGGUUUUGAGCAAUUUCUUCAGGUUGUACAACCUCAUUGGACCCAAGGAGACAGUUUUCUCAAAGACUUCUGGGAACAAGCUUUUGACUGUACAUUUGCAGAUCCAAAUGAAUCCAUCAUGCUCAGUGGGACAUGCACUGGAGAGGAGAAACUAGAGAGUCUUCCUAGGACUCUUUUUGAGAUGGACAUGACUGGCCACAGCUAUAGUAUCUAUAAUGCUGUCUAUGUCGUGGCACUUGCUUUGCAUGCUGCAGAGUCAUUUAUUUCCCAACAUAGAGGGUUACUGGGUAGCCAGUUAGUUGAACUUGAGUGUCUGCAGCCUUGGCAGCUCCACCCAUUUCUUCAAGGCAUCACCUUUAACAACUCAGUUGGUGAAACAGUGUCCUUCAAUGACCGAAUGGAAAUAGAAGGUGGACUGGACAUCAUGAAUCUGGUUACAUUCCAAAAUAAGUCCUUCCAGAGAGUAAAAGUUGGAUGGGUCAAUCCUAAUGCUCCCAAAGGAAAAGAGCUGAUCAUUAGUGAAGAUAGAAUUGUGUUUCACAGGGGCUUUAACCAGGUGAUCCCUCUUUCUGUUUGUAAUGAACACUGUCACCCUGGUUAUCAGAGGAAAAGUUUGGAAGGUGAAAAAUUUUGCUGCUAUGACUGUGUUCCAUGCCAAGGAGGGAAGAUCUCAAGUCAGAAUGAUAUGGAUGAUUGUUUCAGAUGCCCAGAAGAUAAAUAUCCAAGCAAGGACAGAAACAGAUGCAUUCCCAAGAUGAUAAGCUUUCUGUCUUUUGAUGAACCUAUAGGUGGCAGCUUAGCUUCUGCUUCUCUUUCUUUUUCCCUGAUCACAGCUAUGGUGCUCAGAACAUUUAUUAAGCACAAAGAUACUCCUCUAGUCAAAGCCAACAACCGGGCCCUCACCUACAUUCUUCUCAUCUCUCUCCUGCUCUGCUUCCUGUCCUCUUUGCUAUUCCUUGCUCAACCUGGGAAAGUGAAUUGCCUUCUCCGACAGCCAGCUUUUGGUAUCACCUUUUCCGUGGCUGUUUCUUGUGUUCUGGCAAAAACAUGCACUGUUUCUCUGGCAUUCAUUGCCACCAAGCCUGGAUCUAGAAUAAAGAAAUGGGUGGGCAAAAGGUUGCCCCUUUCCAUUGUCCUAAUUUGCUCCCUUAUUCAAGUAAACAUUAAUAUCAUGUGGUUGGCAACCUCUCCUCCCUUCCCUGAUUUAGACAUGCACUUCAGAACCAAGGAAAUAAUUAUCCAAUGCAAUGAAGGCUCUGUUGUCAUGUUUUCCUGUGUCCUAGGCUACCUGGGACUCUUGGCCAUUGCCAGCUUUCUUGUGGCAUUUCAAGCCCGCAAAUUGCCUGACAUCUUUAAUGAAGCCAAGUUUAUUACAUUCAGCAUGCUGGUGUUUUGCACAGUGUGGGUUUCCUUUGUUCCCACCUAUUUUAGCACCAAAGGAAAAGACAUGGUGGCUGUGGAGAUCUUCUCAAUUGUGUCUUCUGCUGCAGCAUUGCUAGGUUGCAUCUUUUCUCCUAAAUGCUACAUCAUCAUGCUGAGACCUGAGUUGAACAAGACGGAGAAACUAAUAAAGAGGAAAAAAUAA